AUGCCUAUCAUCAGUAAAGUUAUCAAGGGCGUCGGAGCAGGUAUUGGCAUGGCUUCUGAAGCCGUUGCCGAUCGCAAGGAGAAGAAAGCGGCUAAAGAGCGCGGUGUCUCCCCACGUCCCGCAGAAGCCUCGAAAUCACGGGAUGCAUUAAACGACAACAAGAAUACACGCAAUGACGACUCUGAUUCAAGUAGCAGUGACGACUCUGACCUUGAAACUGACCGCGCUGUUUGGGCUCUUGACGAGGCUGCUCAAGAUCUCGAAGAACAGCCACCAGCAUACGAUGAAUCAGAAGCGACGACAACAUUGGAGCCCAACGAGAUUGCAAAUUCCUUUCUUCAAACUCAUCAGAUCCACAAUAAUCCCCAGCAGGAUUUGAAACCCCUCCCAAAUCCGGUCAUCCUCCCACAAAGGCGGCCAAAAAACAAGAUCCGUGGAUUUGUGCGUGCCUAUGCCCCACUCCUUGGUGAGUGCGCCGGCAUCGACCAGAAGACAUUCAUCGACUUUGUGAACGACCUGGACCGCGCCUCCAAGGCGAGCCCAGUGUUUGAUGUGAUCAAUGUGGCAUGUUUCGCCGUUGGGAUGAUUCCCAACCCGAUUGCCAUGGCUGUGACCACAGCCGUUCAGGUCGCCAGUCGGACCGCUCAAGAGGUUCAAUCACGUUACCGUCGAAAUACGUAUCUCGAUCAAAUCAACGAAACACUCUUCAAGCCUCGCGGCCUUUACUGCAUGAUCAUGACUUUCAAGCCAGAUGAUCCACACCACCCAGUCCUUAGUGUCAAUGUCAGGUCCCAGGAUUCUACAGAUCAGGCUCUUCUCAAAGCGACGUCCAACCCAGACUCUGAUAUGCGCAGCAAAAUGAAACAACUUCGACUCACCUCAGGCAAGACUAAGGGAGAGCUUUCCCUGCCAGAGGCUGCUCCACUGAUUUACCCGGCUGUCGACGCGGCGGCCCAAUCGGCUCUCGAGGCCGAAGAUGGAGGUACAGGAGUGGCACCCCCGGAGAAACAGCAGAACGCGUUCAAGGCCGCCGGGUCGUUCAUGGCCACCUACCUUGACCGGCGAGCCCAAGCGAAUUAUGCGGGGAUGACGCCCAAUUCGAAGCUGGUAGUGCCGCAGGAGAAGAAGUUCGCAUCUCGCUAUUCCGACCCCAACCACCCUGCCAACUCCGGCACAAUCAUGGGUCUUCUGACAGGUGGCAGAUUCGACCCCAAGGCGCGACGCAGAGGAGAGCGCGCGCAACGUCGUGCAAACAGGAGAGGCUACCAGCUCAGUGAGGCGGACGUCCAGAAUGCUGAGAUGGGGCGGCUUCCCAGACGGAGAAAGGGGCUCAUUCGCCGUGCUCUGCAAAAGGAUGUCCUAUAUCUGACGGUGGUGAAUUUACCAAGCGAAAGCGUGAUGAAGGAGUUGGCGCAGGAAUGGGCAAGGUUGAAUGCAGAGAAGUAA